AUGGAAGUGACGAAAUAUGAAGAACCUAUCCCGCCAGCCCUGGUUGCAAAACCAGGCUGCUCUGAACGCCCUCUGCACCUAGUCCGUGCCUCUAAAGAACCUAUCUCCCCAGCCCUAACCCUGUGCACCUAUGACACGCUAAACUGGACUCGUCAGUCAAACCAGCGAGAUGAGUCCACGUUGAACUCGCCAAUGGAGGUGGCAAUAACCACUGGCUAUGUCGCCAAUGGUAGCAGCGAGAAGUCACGUGCUCGUCCCUCAUCAUAUCACCAGCCUUCCAUUUCCGUUAUAAAUAAACAACCAAAAACCAAAAAAACUUCGUCAAAACCAUCCCAUCACCUUCACACUCGAAGGCGUUUUUGCGUUUUUUCUUUCCCUCAAAAUGCUUCUUCCUCACAUUAUUCUCUCCCUCUUCUCUUUCCUCUCCAUCAUAUUACUAUUCACCACCAUUACUUCAUCCACCCCCACCCCCAACACCAUCAUCACCCUCCCUUAUUCACCCACCACCCCUCUUCAAGUAAUUCACACCCAUUCCACACCCUCCAACUCGCCGUCUCCACAUCCAUCACAAGAGCCCACCACCUCAAAAACCACAACAACCCUAGUUCACUCAAAACCCUAGUUCACCCCAAAACCUACGGAGGCUACUCAAUAGACCUCAAAUUCGGAACCCCACCACAAACGUUCCCCUUCGUUCUCGACACUGGAAGCAGCCUCGUCUGGCUCCCAUGCUACUCCCACUACCUCUGCUCCAAAUGCAACUCUUUCUCAAACAACAACACACCAAAAUUCAUCCCAAAAGACUCAUUUUCUUCAAAGUUUGUUGGCUGCAGAAACCCUAAAUGCGCUUGGGUCUUUGGCUCCGACGUUACGUCUCAUUGUUGCAAGCUAGCCAAAGCCGCUUUUAGUAAUAACAAUAACUGUUCCCAAACAUGCCCUGCAUACACCGUCCAAUACGGUCUCGGCUCCACCGCGGGUUUUCUCUUAUCAGAAAAUCUCAAUUUUCCCGCAAAAAAUGUUUCUGAUUUUCUCGUCGGCUGCUCCGUCGUCUCUGUCUACCAGCCUGGCGGAAUCGCCGGGUUCGGCCGGGGAGAAGAGUCCUUACCGGCGCAGAUGAACCUCACGAGAUUCUCUUAUUGCCUACUCUCUCACCAAUUCGACGAAUCGCCGGAAAACAGCGACCUCGUCAUGGAAGCUACCAACUCCGGCGAGGGAAAAAAAACCAACGGCGUCAGCUACACGGCGUUUCUGAAAAAUCCGUCAACAAAAAAGCCCGCGUUCGGCGCGUACUAUUAUAUCACUCUUAGAAAAAUUGUUGUUGGUGAAAAGCGCGUGAGGGUUCCGAGGAGGAUGUUGGAGCCCGACGUUAACGGCGACGGCGGGUUCAUCGUUGACUCGGGGUCAACGUUAACAUUCAUGGAGAGGCCGAUUUUCGAUCUGGUAGCGGAGGAGUUUGUAAAGCAGGUGAACUACACGCGCGCGAGGGAGCUUGAAAAACAGUUUGGGCUGAGUCCGUGUUUUGUUUUGGCGGGUGGCGCUGAAACGGCGUCGUUUCCCGAGAUGAGGUUUGAGUUCAGGGGUGGCGCGAAGAUGAGGCUGCCGGUGGCGAAUUAUUUCUCGCUGGUGGGGAAAGGUGACGUGGCGUGCUUGACGAUUGUUUCUGAUGACGUGGCGGGUCAGGGUGGGGCGGUGGGGCCCGCAGUGAUAUUGGGGAACUAUCAGCAACAGAAUUUCUACGUGGAGUGUGACUUGGAGAAUGAAAGGUUUGGGUUUCGGAGUCAGAGUUGCCAAAAGAGGGUUUAUUAAAAUUAUGAGUUUGCAAAACAAUAACAAUGCAUUUACGUAGUAAGUGAUUUGCAACUGUUGGAUAAAGAUCGUACGGUUCAGAUCAUAAAUAUGUGUUUGAAAAUUAUUUAACGAGAUUUACGAACCGUCUGAUCUUUAUCAGAUUAUUAUAGUUUGCAGACUGCGUGAAAAUGUGAUAUUGCCAAUUCGAAUUUGGGUUGGUGAUUACAAGUUAUUCUUUGUUUUGUUGGUUGAAGACCUGAAGUUGUAGAAUGUAACAGGGUGCUACUUUUUUUAUUAUUAUUUUUCUUAAUUUAUUUUUCUUAGAGUAACCAAUUAUUGAAUUUCUAAUAUUAAUAAGAGAAUCUAGUUUUAGUCUUUUA